AUGCAGAGCGAAACCCGGAGUAUCCAGAAGCAGAAGUUCUACCAGUCGACCGUGGCCGCAAUGAAUGCGGAAAAGGCCACCGCAGGGGACACAAAGACAAGCAAUUACCUAUCUCAUACCGAUAGGGAACAGCCGGCUUUCAAGUCAAGCGAGGAAUAUACCUACACUGUUGGUGAUGAUGAAGAGCAGCCGGCGAUACCGCGGGCGCCGCCGGGGCCGCAGCAGCAACUCAAGGACUCCGAACCAGUUACAGAGGAGAUUCCAAUUGCGGGCCGGACCAAGAUGACUGUUACUAAGGAGAAAGGGGGUGAUGAAAUUAAGACGGAUGCUGAGACUGGGGCUGUGUCCGUGCAGGAGGACGAGGACGAGGACGAAGACGAUGAAGAGGAAGAGGAAGAGGAAAAGCAACAGAAAUUAGAGCAUGAAGAGCAGAAGGUCAAAGCCGAGCUGAACGAUAUGCUGAAACGGUCGCCGACGCCUUUCGUGGUAGAACUCGACCAACAUCCGCUUGGUCCACAACUACAGUCGCUUUUAGGAGAAAAUACCGGCCGUCGGACUGUUCCGAACGUUUUGGUCAAUGGGAGAAGUAUUGGCGGCGGAGAUGAUAUCGUUGCCCUGGACGAGCAUGACGAGCUGGCAUCGCGAUUGAAGAGUCUGGCUGGCAAGUGGCUCCAGGAAGUCGAACGAAAAGGAGCCGACGGCGCCAAUUAAGGCGGCAACGGUAGCCUUUUCUCUGUCCGUACUUCAUCAAUUCCGCCUUCAAUGACCGGUCUUGGCGCAUAUGAGGAGGUAUGGUACUUGAGAGUAUGGCGAGUUAUCCUUAUUCUUUUUCUUUUGUAUAUAUUAAGGGUUAAAUCACGGUUGUGUAAUGUAUAAUAUUCGAGCUCUU